GUGGAAUUGUCACGCGCUUUUGACCAAAAUGGUGACCACGACUGCUGCGACGGCGACGGUGCUCCGACUCGGCACUCCUUCGCUUCGCGAGGCAUGUGCGAAGGUGUCGUUGUCCGAGCUAGCAUCUGUGCCUUUCCAGGCGGACAUGGCGCGCCUCCAGUCGACGCUGACGGCGUUCCGCGCGAAGAAUGGCUUUGGCCGCGGCAUUGCCGCCCCGCAGAUUGGUGUUCAAAAGCGCUUCGUGGCAAUCCAUCUGGACGGCAAGCACGCGAGUCCCCAAGUAUACAUCAACCCCGAGAUUACCUGGCGAAGUCCGGCAAUGUUCUCGAUGUGGGACGACUGCAUGUGCUUCCCCGACCUCCUCGUUCGUGUGUCGCGACAUGCAUCCAUCUCCCUCCGCUAUUUGAAUCACCACGGACAAAUUGUUCAUGAAGAUGCGUUGCCCCAGGCAGAGUCGGAGCUGUUCCAGCACGAAAUCGACCACCUCGACGGCAUCCUCGCUGUUAACUUGGUCUCAAAGGACCUGCUCAGCGCCGACGAGCUCUUGGAGCGCUUUCCUUCUCAUGUCAUUCAGCGCCGUGCCUUCGACACGAACCCAACAAAAUUUCAAAAACUAGUCGAUUAUGUGAUUUGAUGGACACGUCAUCCACGGAAGUACUACGUAGUACAAGUACAUUACCGGUAUUGUACUUGUGUUCUUGACGAAUAUAAAAAUGUAAUUAUUUGGAAAA